GACACGCUGUGGCGAGGCUGCGAGACAAGUUAGGCUAAGUCCACACUUGGGAUUUGCCAUUGCAGCCCACUUGCCCACGAAAGCCUCCUGUCUAGCGUUAUCCUUCAUUAUGGUAGCCUGAAAUCGCUUCGCAUGAUCAGCUGCUCACGAGGAGCCGGUUUCUUGACACCGUCGAGCUACGCGCUGCUCCGAGCGCCGAGCCUCUGCCCCAGCGCCUCUCGCUCUGGACGUGGUGUGGAAGCCGACCUGGAGCAGAUUCCCGCAGCCGCUGGCGCACGGGCACGGGCGAACGAGGAAGUUUUCAGGGUCCAGCACUCGCGACAGACACAGACCUCGCCUCGGCGGGAGCGUCCUCGCGCGCACCUGCUGGCGUUUUAUCUGAGCUGCUGGUAGCUUCUUUAUUCUACCUCUGAGCGGCGCCCCGGAACAGCUUGGGCGCUUAACGGGCGACCAUCGGUCGCUGACCUAGCCCGCGAGCCUCCAACACACAUCCAACUGCUGAGCGGAGUGCAACAAUAACUUAGCGCGCUUCACUGGUUAUUGCGUGCGAGUCUCGGUGGCCUCGGGAGUAAAUGAGCGACAUCCACGGCGGGCAUAUGGCUGGUUUCGGUGCCACGCCCGCCACGGCGGCGUGUAGCACCGGCCAAUACCCUGAUUAUAGCUCGCCCUUCGCUGGGUCUCAGGCGUUCUGGGGCGGCGGUCGUCAGGAUGCCCCCCUGCACAACUACGACGGACUCACGUCGGCGGGCAGCGCUGGGCUGGUGGGCCACAACGGAGGCUAUGCGCCCUCCUCCGCUCCCUCGCCGCCGCGGCAGUCGGCUUGGGGCCAGCCCGAGUCAAUGCAGGCGCGCCGGGAGAGCUCAGUCAGCGCCUUUGGCGCGGCGGUUGCUCCUUCUGCGCCCAUGACAGGCCACCCGCAGCGUCAGCACCAGUCGCAGAGCCAGCAAUCUGCCAACGGCUACCCCCAGCCGCGCUACCUGCCGCCAGCCGGACAGCUUGCGGCCUCUGGACCCUCGACGGCGCCCUUCUCCAACCACGGCCAAGUCAACAGCCAAGGCAACGGUUACGGCAACCAGCCGUACAUGCAUCCGCGGGCCGCAAACGGUGCUUGCCCCGGCCAGUUCGCGGGCGGCCCCGUGGAUCCGACCGGCAGCUACCAGCACCACGAGCACCACCAGCAGCAGUACCACCACCAGCAACACAACCAGCAGCAAUACCACCAGCAGCGGCAACACCAGCAACAGCAACACCACCAGCAGCAACACCAGCAGCAGCAACACGUGCAGCAGCAACACCAGCAGCAGCAAUACCAGCAGCAGCAACACCAGCAGCAGCAUUACCAGCAGCAGCAACAAUCCCAGCAGCAACAACAGCUGCACUACAACCCGCACGCGCGCCAGCGCAGCGCCGAGACCUUCGGCCCGCCCGCCCUCGGCUACGGCCCAUGCGCCCCACCUCCUCCCGGCCUGCCGCUUGCAGCUCCCUCCCCCUCCCAGUCGCCCUCCCUCUCCGCCUUCUCCUCCACCUCCGGCUCUGGCAUUGCCGCCCUGGCGGCCGCCGUCCUGAGUUGCGGCGGCGGCGGCGGAGCCGCCGCGGCGCACAACUACUUCGCCGCUGGCAAACGCCGCUCUUCCUCGCUGCGCGAGCUGCCGCCGCUUCGGCCCGAGAGCGAGUUUGACUGGGAGCUGGAGAUGCGCGCAGCCAGCCUUCUGGGUCCUGAUGAGGACGACGAGGACGAGGCCGGCGGCGCCGCUGGGGCUGGUGGCGCUGGUGGUGGCGGCGGCGCGGCGGGCGCGGGCGGCGGGCUGCUGGGUGUAGUGGACAUGGUGAAGUUCGAGCAGCGCAUGGCGAGGAUGAGCUCGGCGGCCUGGACGUCAACGCGCAGUAGUAGCUUCGUCGCGACUGACGCCGCCGCGCCGCCUCCGUUCACCAACGCCGCCGGCGGGGCCGGCGCUAAUGCCGCCAUGGGCGGCCCCUCCAGUGGCCCAUCGGCGGUGUCGCGUGCGCAGCAUUUGUUCGUGCGUGAGAGCGGCGGCCCUUUCUCUGGCCCCUUCUCUGGCCCCGGCUCGGGCGCCAAUGCUGCCAACAUGUAUGGCGCCGGCGGCACUGGGUGCGGGCACACAGGACCCCAGCAGCAGCACCACCAGCACCACCAGCACCACCAGCACCACCAGCAGCAGCCCAUGCAGCAGCCCAUGCAGCAGCCCAUGCACAUGCAGAUGCACAUGCAGGGCCCGGCGGCGCGGCCGUCCCUGUCCGGCGCGGCUGCCGGGGCGCCGCCACCCGCUACGGGCUGGGCGCCGCCGCGCGUCAGCGGCACCGGUGGCAACGGCAACGGCAUGGGCGCUGGCGGCGGCGCCAGCAUCCUCAACACCGUCAGCCAGUUGGCGUCUGGCCAGCAGCAGACGCUGCAGCAACAGCAGCCGCAUGUGCAGCAGCAGGCCCCGCUGUCUGUGCUGCCCCCGCCGGCGCCGCAGCAGCCCGGCGGCGGCGGCGGCAGCGGCGGCAGCAGCCAGCCAGCCUCACCCUGCAACGCUCCCGGCGGCGCCUGCUCGCCCAUGCAGACGGUGACCAGCUGCAGUGCGCCGCUGCCGCCCGCCGCCGCAGGCGCCGCCACCGCUCCCUGGGGCGCUGCGCCCUUCGCCGGCUUUGACGCCGUCGUGCCCGACCCUGCCGCAUCCCAGGUUGUGAAGCUGCAGGCCAAACGGCCUCGCUUCAUGAACGGCCCUGGCGCUGUUCCGCCGGCGAUGGCGGCUCGGCCGACGGCGAGCGGUGACCUCGACCGCCUGCCUCCCAGCGACGGCGCGGCAGCGGCUGAGGACGCGGCAACGCUGGCUAUCCGCCGCUCCAUUCUGCAGCGCGAAGCGCUUCUGAAGAACAUGGAGGCGCAGAUCCUGUGAUUGGUCCUGUGACUCCGGUCUCGCGUUUGUGCCGAUGCAUGCAUGAGACCCAGAUGCAGCACCCGCACCAGUACGCGGCGGCGGCGGCGGCGGAGGGUGCAGCGCUAUCCGGCAGGCGG